UCCAUAAAACGGCAGAUCAUUGAUUCUAUCGAAGCUGCAACAGCGCGGAGUCAGCGUCCGGAACCAUCCUAAAAAGAUGGAAAUGGGUAGCAUCUCUACCGGCACAUCACCCACUCCCGUCACAGUUUCCCACCAGAUCAAAUGCUCUACAAGAGAAAAUCCUCAGUUUCGUGGUAAUAUGGAAGGACAGUGCGCUGGUUCAUCAAAAGUUUUACUGGCUUACAAAAACGCAUCGCAGCACUUGAAUUCGUCUGGAAUCAAAGCGGGCUUGGGCAUACUGAAAGUCGCUACCUCCCAAUGGAAGCAGGAAAAAAAGACGCUUUCAGGAGCAGCCGUAAGGCAAAUGUCCGCUGCCAACAACAGCCACCCUUGCAAGAGAUCCCCACUUGAUCAGCUGGCAGCUCUGGUUCUCCAUGGUCAAACCCGGCAUCGCCAGAUUAGUCAGGGGCACCCACAAGAUCCUCUUUACUUCACCAAGCCACAGAACUCUAAGCGCAUCGUAGUUCUUGGUGCUCCACGGGUCGGAAAGACCUCAAUCCUAAGAAGAUACCUGAGAGACGGAUUUGUGGAGGAGUACAAGCCCACCUCCGAGGAUUUCCUAAGGAAACUGUUUCGCAUCCGUGGGGAGACCUACCAAAUUGACGUCCUGGAUGCAUCCCGGGAACGGGACUUCCCAGCCAAGCGGCGGCUGUCUAUCCUCACUGGGGACAUUUUUCUUCUAAUAUUCAGUUUAGAUGAUCGGAGCUCUUUCGAAGAGGUGUGCGCACUGCGAAAGGAAAUUCUGGCUGCUAAAUCCAAGCUCAUCAGAUCCACUGUGCCAGAGCAUUGCGCACAGCCACAGGUUCCUCUGGUGGUCUGCGCCAACAAGGUGGAUCUCCAGGAAUCCGAGAGAGAGAUAACUAAGGCAGAGGUUCUCCAAGCCCUCGGGGAUGACUGCGCCUAUUUUGAAACGUCUGCAAAGGAGAGCACUAAUCUCGAAAAAGUAUUCGAGACUUUGGCAAAGCGAGGUGGGCUUCCGACCGAAACUGGCCCGUCGCAACACCGCAAAGUCUCUCUCCGCUCGUAUCAAGCAAUGCGGAGCGGCCGUGUAGCGGGGAGGGGGAAGCAGGUCUCUGAUAGAGAUGUUCCCUGCGGCACACUGUACCCACUGGCCCGGCGACCGAGUUUUACCACUGACCUUCGUCAAGUUAUUGGACCACAUACAACAAAGAAGCCCGGCAAAGGACUGGAGAAAUGUUAUAUUCAGUGAGAGACACACAAACUAUGAGAGGAAACACAGAGCGAAUAACACAGUUCACAAA